GUCUGCGCUCUACAUAUUUUACAACCACUUUCGAUGUCAUGGUCACAUUAAGAAAAUACUAUCAAAUUCAGAUCACUUCAGGCAUUCCUCAUGUCAGUAAAUAUAAAUCACAGCAAUGUCUAAAGUUUGUUUGCAUCAAAAAAGUCUGAAAUGGCUCAUCUUGUUGCUUUUGGUUAUAUUUAUAUACCAUUGCAAUCAUCACCACCCAUUUAAAAAUCAAGAAUCGUCGAAAAGCUUGCCUCUCUUGGCAAACGAUUUCCUGGGAAUUGAAAAUCCUGUCUUUUUCGUUGAAACAAAUUCGAGUGAAACUGGUCUGAAACCCCGCCUGGUGUGCGCUAUUGAGAGGGUAGCCAAUUUGUACCCUAAUAGGGAUAUCAUAGUGAUUUUGAGCCAAGUUAAAAUACAUGGUUUACCUCCAUUCUUAUCCGAUCUUAAAAACGUCCAUUUCCGCUCCAUUGACAUUGAUGCCUUUGUCCAAGGGUCAGCUGUUGAGCACUUAUGGAAGAGCGGGAAAGUCAAAUCGUCGAUUUGGUCUUUGAGCAACAUAAGUAACGUGUUACGAUUCUUAGUGGUCUUCAAAUUUGGUGGCCUCUAUCUGGAUCACGACGUGAUUGCUUUGAGACCGAUUUCAGAAGCGGAAACGAACUUUGUUUGUUUGGUUCAAUCUAAUAGAGUUGCUAGUGCUGUCUUUCAAUUGAGAAAAGGCCAUCCUCUUUUGAAAUUGACCCUUGAGCGAAUGGCGCAAACUUUCAGAGGCGAUCUUUGGGGUCAUAAUGGACCUGACCUUUUGACAAAAGCAACCAAUGAGUAUUGUGCUAACCAAGGACUACAGAAUUUGUCUCAACUCCAUUGCCCUGAUCUGAAAAUUCAGAGUCCUCAAUUCGCAACCCCGUUUCAAUGUCCAGAGUAUGCUAAGUUUUAUCAGCCUAAAUAUGAUUCAAAGAUACAGAGCACCAUUGCACAGAGCCAUUUUCUGCAUUAUUGUAACAAGAAACGCACUGGUACUCAAGACCCUAACGCCACGGAUCCGUACAUCAUGAGAUCAAAUCAACCUUUGUAUCGAAUCAUGAAGGAGGCGUGUCCAAUGACGGAAGAAAAUAUCCUACGUUUCCAAGUGGGUCGAAAAUAUUAAAAACAUACUGAAGUAUGUUUACUGAUGGGAUUCGAAUAAAGAUAGACCAAAAACAACUUUUCCAAAUUACAUCAGUUACUCUAUGUAUGUAGAUUUCCUUGAACUAUUUUGUAGUAA